GACAGUGCCGUCGGUGGUGUUUGAAAAGUGUGCAGCGCAUGGAAAGGGAAAAGUUGGACUUAAAGUGUGUAGAAAUAACACUUGAUAAUAUAACGCCCAAAGGGAACUUAAUCACCGACAUCAGAAAAAUACAACAAGUAGCUGCUAGUCUCAACUUUACAAAGCGCAGAAUAUCCACUGGGUGUGCUGUAUUGAAAAGGAUCUGUCAUUAGCCUUUUCAGAAGACAGAAGUGGAGGUUGUGUUUAGGACUCAUCAUUUUUUGUUUGUUUCCUGCUUAAACGAGCAUGUUUCCAUUCUUGUCUCUCUGCUCCAUCAUUUGGUUGAACCGAGGAAUCAAGCUGAGGAAAGUCCUUUGCGCUGCCAACACUGGCCAGAUCUAGGCUCAUUACUUCCUGCUAGCCGCCUGCCCUGCCUCAGCAACGGCCACAAUGCUCCUGAGCUUCGGCUGAAAAACACCACCAGACUCAGAUAGCAGCCGCGUCACCACCACCUACAGCUCAUCAGCUUUGGUCAGGCUCCUGUUUGCAGUCGGCCUUUGCUAUUGUUUUGGCAUUGUUUUUUCAUAUCAGUUUAAAAAAAAAAAAAAAAACAAGCCCACGUGGUGAGUAUAAUGGAUUCAGAUGGGUUCCAGUACCGCUGUCUGUAUGAGUACAAGAAAGAACGGGAGGAAGACAUUGACCUAAAGCCCGAUGACAUCCUGACUGUGGACAAGGCCUCUCUGCUGUUGCCCGGCAUCCAAGAGGGAAACGAACAGCAUCCUGAGUGUAUUGGCUGGAUCCUGGGGUACAACGAGCGCACCAAGCAGAGAGGGGAUUUCCCCGGGACCUAUGUGCAGUAUGUCGGACCUGUGAAGAUGACUCCCAGCCAUCCACGCUCCCAAAGGCCUCUUCCACCGGCCCCCAGGCCUGAGCCACCCCACACACAGCCAGCACCAUCUCCCCAAGACCUGACGGGACUGUUUGCACCUCCAGACACUGUUCCUCCUACACUAAUACAACUGGUGGAAGCCAUUGAGAGGACGGGUCUAGACUGCAAGACACUGUACAGGACCUCCACUUCUUCCACCACUGAUGGUCUGCCAGCUCCCACAGCCACCCUUAACAGUGAGCCGCAGGAGCCGGACAUGGGACAGUGGGACGCCGACGCUCUCUCGGCGGCCGUGGUUCGGUACCUGCAGGAGCUUCCCCCGCCGGUCGUCCCCUCGGUGGUCUGUGCGGAGCUUCUGGCAGCGGUGCAGCGUGGAGCCGGUGGCGCUCCAGCAGAGAGGAGGGGGCCGCUACGGGAUCUGCUGGAGGGGCCGGCGGUGCCCCUGCACAGCCGCCUGACUCUGCACUAUCUGCUCCGGCACCUGGACAAGGUGGCCCAGCAUGCCGACAGCAACGGGCUGGAUCCGCACACACUCGGACAGAUCUUUGGCCCUCUGCUCAUCAGAGGCUCAGACACACCGUCGGAGGCAGACACAGAACUCUUUGCACUUGUGCUGGAGAGACUUCUUUUGGAGAGGGUUUGGGAGCAGGAGCCACUUCCUCCAGCUCUUCCCCCCAAACCUGCCAAAGCCAAAAGUGCCUCUACCCCUGUUGUAAAUGGAAACAACAUUUCUUUGAGUGAUGCAGAAUGGUACUGGGGAGACAUCUCCAGAGAGGAGGUGAAUGACAAAAUGAGAGACACCCCCGACGGUACGUUCUUAGUUCGGGACGCGUCAAGCAAAGUAAGAGGAGAAUACACACUAACCCUGAGGAAAGGGGGAAACAAUAAGCUGAUCAAGAUAUUUCAUCGAGCAGGAAAGUACGGCUUUUCUGAGCCCCUCACCUUCAACUCAGUGGUGGAAUUAAUCAACCACUAUCGCCAUGAGUCUCUUGCCCAGUACAAUGCCAAACUGGAUUCACGGCUGCUAUUUCCCAUAUCAAAAUACCAGCAGGAGCAGCUAGUGAAGGAGGACAGUGUGGAGGCGGUGGGCGAGCAGCUGAAGGUCUACCAUGAGCAGUAUCAGGAGAAGAGCCGCGAGUAUGACGUCCUGUACGAGGAAUACACACGCACCUCACAGGAGCUUCAGAUGAAGCGUACAGCCAUUGAGGCCUUCAACGAAACCAUCAAAAUCUUUGAGGAACAGUGUGAGACCCAAGAGCGCUUCAGCAGAGAGACCAUCGAGAAGCUGAUGUGUGAUGGCAAUGAAAAGGAGAUCCAAAGAAUUCAGAGCAACUCUGAGAAGCUGAAGUCCAGAGUGACAGAGAUUCAUGAGAGCAAGAUGAAGCUGGAGCAGGACCUGAAGAAACAGGCGACGGACUACCGGGAGAUCGACAAGAAGAUGAACAGCCUGAAGCCUGACCUGAUGCAGCUGAGGAAGCUACGGGACCAGUACCUGGUUUGGCUCACGCAGAAAGGCGCAAGACAGAGGAGGAUCAACGAGUGGCUUGGGAUCAGGAAUGAAACUGAGGACUUUUACUCGUUGGUGGAUGACGAGGACGACCAGCCUCACCAGGAUGAGCGCACCUGGUACGUGGGGGACAUCAAACGCUCGUACGCAGAGGAGCUGCUUCGGGGCAAGUGUGAUGGAACCUUCCUGAUCCGCGAGAGUCAGACACAGAAGGGCUCGCUCGCUUGCUCAGUUGUGAUGGAUGGUGAGGUGAAACACUGCGUGAUUUACAAGACUGCUACGGGCUACGGGUUCGCCGAGCCUUACAACCUGUACAGCUCCCUCAGAAACCUGGUGCUUCACUACAGGCACACCUCCCUCGUCCAGCACAACGACUCGCUGAAUGUAAUGCUCACCUACCCAGUGCUUGCGCCGCAGCCAAGAUGAACACGGUACCUAGCAUUUGAGAGGGGUGGCCCACACAAGCAUGGCAAAGUGCACAGUAAUUCAGUAGCUAAGAGUUCAUAGCAAAAUCUCUUAUGUUGGCAAAGAAAUAGUGACAAAGCACAAAAGAAAGUCUGAACAUAGUUAUCUGUAGACAAAAAGAGAGAGAGUGAAUGUGAAGAUAAAUGUGUGGCUUUUAUUCCAGCCCAUCAUGUUCUAUUUUAGACAAAAGCAGCCGCAGCAAUAAUCCUAGCAUGUGUGCUGGCUGAGGUACUCUGUUGUCAUAGAAAAUACAGUUGCAGGCAUUUGUUUUUUUUUACAGAGAGAGAACUGUUAUCAUACAGUAUGUUACUUUUUCCGAAAGACUGACAGUUCUAUGUCUUUUGUGCUCCGUCUUGGGGCUUGUUUGUUUUCCUAUUCCGUAAAAGCUUGAUUAUGUGCCAUUAAGCUAGACUUGACUUACUAUGUGAAUGAAACGGGCAUGGAUGGGACAGUUUGGUGAAUGGAUGAGACUGAGGAGAAGAGAAUGCUUCAGCUUUAGAAUGAAAUGUAUAUUUGAACUCUGACACUGCUGUGGGUUUUUGAGUGUGUGCAUUUGUGUGUGUCUGUGGACACACCGGUUGAUACAUGUGAUGUUUUUUGUUCACCUUAGUAGUGAACUCCUUACAUUUCAUGAAGAUGUGAAAAGGGUGAAUGACGGUAGUUUCACAUGUGUCGACCAACACCCCGCCCCACCCACCCACCUUUUUUAAUAUGCGUAUAAUCUAACGCUACUCAGAAACAAAUGCUGCCAUAUUUUGUAGAUAUCCAUUCAUUUGUGUUAUAUACCCUGAAGAGGAUGUUUUUGUUUAUUUAGGUCUACUGCCUAGUAGCUUUGCAUGACCACCAUGGAAACAGGCAGUUUUUGAAGCAUCAUGAGAAGUGUGUCCCCC